AUGGAUAAUAUGACCUAUUUGAUCUACACGCUGAUGGAACCAAGAGACUCUAAAUCAUUCAGGCACAUAUAUUUCACAUGCUUUCUCGUUCUUUAUGCCCUGUUAUUGCUGCUGAACAUUUGGCUGAGCGUGGUCAUUGUUUUGGAGAGAGCCCUUCAUGAACCAAUGUAUAUUUUUCUGUGCAAUCUGUGUUUAAAUGAUAUAUAUGAAGCUACAGGAUUCUAUCCUAAAUUUCUGCAUGAUUUAAUACUGGAUUCAUAUUUGAUCCCUUCUUACAUGUGUGCUUUUCAAGCUUUUGUGAUUUAUAGUUCAGGUAUGUGUCAAUUGUGUAUAUUAGCAGUGAUGGCUUAUGACAGACAUGAGGCCAUAUGCAGACCUUUAGAAUAUCAUUUUCACCUUAAUAAAUUUUCCUGCAGCAUUUUGAUUAGUUUAUCUUGGAUUGUACCAUUUAUUAUUAUGUUCUUUGCUGUUUUCUUAUCAAAUAGAUUGACCGUAUGUAAAUAUCAUAUUGAUAAAUUGUUUUGUGACAAUUGGUCAAUGGUAAAGCUCUCAUGUGAAUCUACUGUCACGAAUGACAUUUAUGGAUUUGUUUUUAUUUCAUUGUAUAUUGGACUUGUCAUUGUAAUUGUUGUGUCCUAUGUAAAGCUUGCAAUUGCAUGUAAAGCGUCUCUAGAGUGCAGAAGGAAAUUUUGGCAGACUUGUGUACCUCAUAUUAUUUCUCUGGCAAAUUUCACUGUUGCUUCCAUUUUUGAUACAACGUACAACCGAUACGGCUCAAAUGAUGUCCAGAUGAGUCUCCUUAAUUUUUUGGCUUUAGAGAGGCUCAUAGUGCCACCUAUAUUGAACCCUAUUAUAUAUGGUUUAAAACUCAAAGAGGUUCGCAAAAGAAUUUUAAAAUCAUGUAUUUACUGCAUUAAAUCAUGA